AUGAUGAUCAACGAACCCGUCGCAAUUGUUGGAACGGCCUGCCGAUUUCCUGGGGAGGCGUCGUCUCCCUCGAAACUCUGGCAGCUCCUUAAACAACCGCGUGACGUGCUCGGCCAACUGACUGCGGAUCGACUGAACCUACGCCGGUUCUACGAAGCCAAUGGCGAGCACCACGGCAGCACUGAUGUCAAGGACGGCGCAUCCUACUUGUUGUCCGAAGACUACCGACUCUUUGAUGCAGCCUUUUUCAACAUCAAUCCGGCCGAAGCGGACGGAAUGGACCCACAACAGCGCAUUACUCUUGAAACUGUCUACGAGGCGUUAGAGUCGGCUGCCAACAGAGUUUCUUACGUUUUUGAUCUCCACGGUCCUUCUGUCACUAUCGACACGGCCUGUUCCAGCUCGCUUGUGGCAUUACAUCAGGCUGUCCAGGGACUUCGGUCUGGAGAUGCUACAACAGCUGUUGUUGCUGGCGCAAAUCUCAUCCUGGAUCCGGGCAUGUACAUAGCCGAGUCCAGUCUUCACAUGCUCUCUCCCGAUUCACGCUCACGAAUGUGGGACAAGUCGGCCAAUGGCUACGCGCGUGGCGAGGGCUUUGCUGCUUUGGUCCUCAAGCCUUUGAGCGUUGCCAUCAAGGAUGGGGACCACAUCCAGGCCGUGGUCCGCGGAACAGGGGUCAACUCGGAUGGUCGCACUCGCGGUAUCACGAUGCCGAGUGCACAAGCACAGACAGCGUUGAUUCAGCAGACCUACCGCAAUGCGGGUCUUGACCCCUUGAGCGCCAGAGAUCGCUGCCAGUACUUCGAGUGCCACGGUACUGGUACACUUGCGGGUGACCCCAUCGAGGCUGAAGCCAUCCGAGAUGCCUUCUUCCCACUGGCGACUUCAACGGCAAACACUGCGGGCACCGGAUCGGGUCGUCUUUUCGUUGGAUCGAUCAAGACAGUGGUUGGCCAUCUGGAAGGCUGCGCCGGCUUGGCCGGUGUGCUGAAGGCGGUGCUCGCUAUACAGAACCGCAGUAUCCCGCCCAACCUCCUUUUCGACGAGCUCAACCCGAAGAUUGCCCCGUUCUACGAGCACCUGGACGUCCCCACGGCGCUGGUUCCAUGGCCUGAAACAGGGUCAUCAAGCCCCCUUCGCGCCAGCGUUAACAGUUUUGGCUUUGGGGGCACAAACGCCCACAUCAUCCUCGAGAGCUAUGAGUGUGGGCCAAAAGCUGGCGUUCCCGCUCCGAUCAGCGCUCCGGACGACCUCUUUGUCGGCCCUCUGGUGUUCUCAGCUCACACCGAUUCCUCCCUCCUCGGCACUAUAAAGGCAUUCUCCGAGCACAUCAAAUCCCACCCUAACAUCAACUUGGAGGACAUAGCCUGGGUGCUGCAGGCCAAGCGAACUUCUUUCUCGGUCAAUAAGUUCUUCUCGGGAGCUACACGCCAGCGUCUUCUCGGAUUCAUGGACUCCUUUGUGUCAGAUUGCGAGUCCAGCCCAGGCUCAGCGGUUGGCACUCGUGCCCAGCUGAUCGACCCGACUGAGAAGCCCGGGAUACUGGGUGUCUUCACAGGGCAGGGUGCGCAAUGGGCCUCGAUGGGCAGAGGCCUCAUCGAGUCGUCUCACGCCUUCAGGGAAUCUAUUGAGAGAUGCGAGCAGCACCUUGCUGAACUCCCCGUUGCUGAGGACGCACCCAGGUGGUCCCUCAUGGAGGAGUUGGUUGCUGACGCAGCAUCCUCCCACAUUUCCGAGGCGCUUCUCUCCCAGCCUCUCUGCACGGCGUUGCAGAUAGCUCUUGUGGACCUGAUGAGACAUUGCGGAAUCCAGCUGGACGCGGUGGUUGGCCAUUCUUCGGGAGAGAUUGCUGCUGUCUAUUAUGCUGGCAUCAUCGACUCCAAGGCAGCCAUGGAGAUCGCAUACUACCGUGGAUACCACGCGAGAUUAGCAAAAGGCAGGGAGGGCCAGAAUGGCCGCAUGAUGGCUGUGGGCUUAUCCUACGACGAUGCAGAAGCCCUUUGCGACCGCCCCGAAUUCGUCGGCCGCGUCUCUGUUGCAGCCAGUAAUUCACCGAUGAGUACCACACUCUCUGGGGACAUGGCCGCCAUCGAGGCAGCAAAGGAGCAUCUCGACUCCGAGAAGACGUUUGCCAGAGUGCUCAAGACCGAUACGGCCUAUCAUAGCCACCACAUGUUGCCCUGCGCCGAGCCGUACCUGGAGUCCCUUCGAAAGUGCAACAUAGAGAUUCACCAGCCGCGCCCAGACUGUGUGUGGAUCUCAAGUGUACGGGGAGAUGCCGAUCUGCUGGACGGUGAUCUGUCUGAGCUCAAGGGCCAGUACUGGGUGGACAACAUGUGCAAGCCCGUCCUCUUCUCUCACGCUGUGGAAGCCUCGAUCUGGAAUGGGGGGCCCUUCGAUGUGGCCCUGGAAUUUGGACCUCAUCCGGCGCUGAAGGGUCCGGUGGAACAGACAUUCAAGGCAUCAUUUGGGCACGCGCCCGCGUACGCCGGCCUCGUUCGCAGAGGUGACCCGGAGGUGGAAGCUUUCUCUGGCGCGAUGGGCUAUGUCUGGUCCCAUCUGGGAUCGGGGUCCGUUGAUUUGGAUGGAUAUCGCCGAGCGUUCCAACACUUGAGAUCGCGGGAGCCUCAAAUGUUACCGGACCUACCUAGUUACUGCUGGGAUCACGGCAGGGUCCAUUGGAGGGAGUCUCGCAUCUCGCGCAACUACCGCCUCCGCAAUGACCAAGGCCACGAAUUGCUGGGGCGCCGGGUUCCGGAUGAUUCCGACGACAACAUGCGAUGGAGGAAUGUCUUGCGCUUGGACGAAAUCCCCUGGGUCAGAGGGCAUGUGUUCCAAGGCCAAGUUCUUUUCCCCGGAGCCGGAUAUGUCGCCAUGGCGCUGGAGGCCGCUCGAGCCAUGGCCGCAAAUGUCCACGGCCGCACUGUCCAGCUCUUUGAGUUACAUGAUGUAACUUUGAGUCGUGCCAUUGUGAUCCCAGAAGGCUCUCCCGGGGUGGAAACGGCGUUUACAGCCAAGAGAGUGGAUGGCCAAGACCACCUGACGGCCGAAUUCGCUUGCUACUUUUGCUCGGAUGAAGCCACGGGUGAUCUGGUCAAGGCGUGCGAGGGUCGAUUCGUCACACAUUUUGGCCCCCCGUCCUCUGACGUGCUUCCGCCCAGGCUCCAGCAGGCAUCGGGCCUCGUCUCUGUUGACAUGGACCGCUUCUACGCUGCCAUGCAUAACGUGGGUUUGGAUUAUACAGGACUCUUCAACACAAUGGUUGGUGGUGAUAGGUCCCUGGGGAUUUCCUCCGUCAGGGCAUCAUGGCCUGCGUCCGAGACCAGCAAACACUAUCUCAUACACCCGGCCGUCCUCGACGUAGCUUUCCAGUCCAUCUAUGUCGCAUUCUCCUCCCCUGGCAGUGGCGGCAUCUGGGCGCCCUAUCUUCCAGUCCGUAUUCGCAGGCUUGCGGUGCGGCCCGAUCUUGGAAAGGAUCUUGUUCUCGGCGAAAUGGAAGCCCAGGCAUUCCUCGCCGUUGGCACUUCGACACUGCUAGAAGGUGACAUCCAUCUGUCCGCCCCCGGAAGCAGCUUCACUGGUCUUCAAGUUGAAGGGAUUUCCAUGCAGGCGGUUUCGGAGCCUGGGCCAGACAACGACAAGCUCAUCUUCUCCGAAACAGCUUGGCGUCUAGACAUCUCUUCCAGCUUGACGGCUCUGCAGCAACAGCAAGACACAAAGUCGGAGCAGGUUACCGACAACAUUCCUCUUACGGAAGCGCUAGACAGAACCGCACUCUUUUACUGGAAGACUUUGGUCCAGCAAGUGUCGUCGGUCGAGGUUAAGGACUUCGCGUGGUACCACCAGCGCAUGUUUGAUGCUGUGCAUGCCAUGCUGGACUUGGUUAGAAGCUCCCGCCACCCCAUUGCACAUGCAGACUGGUUCAGUGACGACGAGGCGACCAUCACGUCCGUGAACCAGCCCUACGGCGAUCGCGUAGACCUGCAAUUGAUCCACGCCGUAGGGCAGAGUCUGGCCUCUGUUGUCCGGGGCCAGACACAGCAACUCGAGGUCAUGGUCCAGAAUGAUAUGCUGAACCGUUUCUACAUGGAGGGCCUCGGCUUUUCAGUUGUAAACGAUGCAAUCGCCUCCACCCUCCAACAAAUCACCUUCAAGCACCCUGGGAUCAGCAUUCUCGAGAUCGGAGCCGGCACUGGUGGUACUACUCGCAGCAUCCUCGAUGCUAUUGGUACCAGUUUUGCAUCGUACACGUACACGGACAUCUCCCCUGGUUUCUUCAAAAAUGCGGACGAGAAAUUCAAAGACCACCGGAGCAAGAUUGACUUUCGGCUUCUUGACGUCGAAAAGGAUGUCGUUCAACAGGGUUUCAAGGAGCAUUCAUUUGAUGUUGUCAUUGCAGCGAACGUCUUGCACGCUACUCGAGAUCUCAAGCAGACCAUGGGCAAUGCCCGUUCUCUACUCAAACCAGGCGGCUAUCUGGUCAUGAUGGAGAUCACAGGCCUUGAGGUUCUGAGAGUCCAGUUCAUCAUGGGCGGCCUUCCUGGUUGGUGGUACGGCGUCGACGAUGGGCGUGUCCUAUCCCCGGCCAUCUCGCUGCUUGAGUGGGACGACUUACUCCAAGACACGGGGUUUUCUGGGGUAGACCACUCUCUUUGCGACAUGGCGGAUGCCAAGAGGCAUUCCUUCUCCCUCAUUGUAAGCCAGGCAGUGGAUGAGAAGGUGGACAUGCUGCGCAAUCCUCUUUCAUCCAUCGGCAGUCUUGUUUCUCUGCGCGACAUCUUGAUCAUUGGCGGCAGCACGCUUCCCGUCACGAGAUUGAUCCGCGACAUAAAAAAGCACCUCUCGUUAUCCAGACGACGAGUCACCGUCGCCAGCUCCCUCGAGGAGGUAGCAGUGGCGGACCUGGCCCCCCUGACUUCUGUGAUCUGCCUGCAAGAGCUCGACAAGCCCAUCUUUUCUGAGGCAGUCACAGAAGCUCGACUCUCGUCAUUGCAAGAAAUCGUCGCUAGUGCCAGGCAUCUUCUGUGGGUCAACCACGGUGGAAACGACGAUGCGAGUCCCUACUCCCACAUGAGCAUCGGCGUGGGCCGUGCCUUGUUGAACGAAGUGCCUGACCUUGUCUCGCAAUUCGUCGAUAUGGAUGCCGUUCGGUCGCCCGCAGUGAGCUCUAUAGUAAUCGUCGAAAUGUUCCUGAGGCUCAUCAUCGCGUCUGAGCUGGAAAAUGACUGCCUUUGGACGCUUGAGCCCGAGGUCAAGUUCGACGGUGAGCAUCGCUACAUUCCCAGAAUUGUGCUCAAUGAGGGCAUGAACAACACCUACAUUGCGGGUCGACGAAAGAUCCAGAAGGAAGUGUCUCUAGAUGAUUCCUGUGUCGAGCUAGCCACAGUCGAAGGAUCCUCCCGGCCGGUCAAGAGAGUGGUGGACUAUCCCAAGCAAGAGGCGCCGCUGGGCCACAUCCGAGUCCGCGUGCAGUUGACAUACCAGCUGGAGACUGCUGGGCAUAAAACUGACCCUCUUUUCCUCGCGGUGGGCAGGGUCAUUGGCACAGAAAGGUGGAUUCAAAUCCACCCCAUGGCGACGAAGCGAGCUAUCCAGGCCCGCCUCCCAGCCCGCUUCGUUUUUGUGGACAUCUCCGGUGCCGUGCCAUCACAUAUCGAAUCCUCAUUGCCAGCGGGGUGCGAGGUGCGCCACAUCGCGGCAUCCGACUUCAACUUCGAUAUGCUGCAAGCCGUCUCCCUCGCCUUGAUGGGCAGCGACCACACCAGCGAUCUCGAUCUCGAUCUCAAAGUAGUAUCAGACACUGACUCGCAUCUUACGGACUGGAGCAAGAACAACUCAAUACAAGUUGAUGUGCAGCCCCUGAGCACAGCGGGCCUGCUGUCGGAAUGCAAGACAUAUCUUCUGGCCGGCAUGACAGGAGAGCUGGGCCUGUCCUUGAGCGGAUGGCUGACUCGAAAUGGCGCUCGCCACAUUGCACUUGUCAGUCGCAACGCCAUCGUGGACCAGAGAUGGCUGGACGACAUGUCUCGACAAGGCAUCCACAUACGGGUCCUCCGAGCCGACAUGACAGACAGACACUCUGUGCGAUCUGUUGUCGAUGAGAUUCGCAGUACGAUGCCUCCCGUUGGCGGAGUCUGCAACGGUUGCAUGGUCUUAUCUGACCGUCUCUUCAUGGACUUGGAUCCGAAGUCACUGGCAACUGUUCUGGGACCCAAAGUGGAGGCCACCCUCAACCUGGACGAGGCAUUCCAGGACACAGACAGCCCGCUGGACUUUUUCAUUCUGCUAUCGUCGCUGGCCAGUAUAAUUGGAAACGCUGGACAAUCCAAUUACCACGCUGCAAACCUCUUUAUGUCCGGCCUCGCCUCUCAGAGAAGGCUGGUGAGAGGUCAAGCUGCGUCUGUGAUGCACAUUGGCCUUGUCUCGGAUCUGGGCUAUGUCACCAGACAGGCCCGCACCGUCGAAGAAAGACUGCGCAAGCUGUUUAUGCCUCUCACCGAGGCGGAUGUCCACCAUGCCUUCGCUGAGGCCAUUGUGGCUGGAAAGCCAGACUCGGGCCGCCAACACGAGCUCAUCUUGGGGCUCCAGCCUUUUGUCGACUCUGGAGAGGCCACGGAGCGCCCGCCAUGGGAGCACAACCCGCGGUUCGCACAUUUUGUCAGUAAGGCUCCGGCCAAGGAGAAGAGGUCGAUGGAAGCUGGUACCGACCUAGACGUCACCAACAUCAAGCAAGCGCUGAGAGAACGAGAUGCCCAGUCUCUGUCAGGUUCAGAAGGGCUGGCCAUCCUAGAGCUAGUCCGAAAGGCCUUCUCGAGGAAACUCGAGAACAUGAUGCAGAUGCGACCCGAUAGCGUAAACGUCAACAUCCCACUCAUCGACCUGGGCUGCGACUCGUUGCUGGCUAUUGAGAUCCGGGGCUGGUUCUUGAAAGAGGUGGGACUGGACGUCCCUGUUCUGAAGGUCCUUUCCGGAGAUACUGCGGCGCAACUGUGUGACGAAGCGACCAAGAAGUUUCUCGCUUCGAGGCUCCAGCUUCAAGACGCCGGGUCUCUCACGCAGCUCACAAGCAGCGAACCAUCCUUGAUUGUCUAUGGCACGUCGUCGUCGUCGUCGUCGUCGAGUGGAGAUGAGGAAAGCUCGUUGAGCGUAGAUGGCAGUCUGGAGACACCUGUCACAGGGCUGGAGGCAAAAGUAGACCCCUUCUUUUCUGAGCUUCCCUUGGGCACUGACGGCAUCGACAAGGAGCCUCAUCCCAUUGACGAAGUCUUGGAAUCACCGGGUCACGUACCAGAAUCCCAUGUCAAACGCACUGCGCAAGCUUCCUAUUCCCAGUCUAGAUUGUGGUUCCUGACUAAGUACCUGGACGAUCCCACAACGUACAACGUAACCGUCUCCUACACUACUACGGGCCACUUGAGCAUUCCGCGCAUCAAACGUGCCCUGGCGGCUACCGUUGCACGCCACGAAUCACUCCAGACGUGUUUCUUCGAGCAGUCUGUCACCGGUGUUAGCAUGCUCAUGCAGCAAGUCUUGGCCAUGCCUUCGUACGGAUUCACGCAUCUAGACUCUAGCGAUGAUUACCAGGCUACCGUCCAGGCCGAGUACGAGCGGUUUAAAAAGCAUGUCUGGGACCUUGAACAUGGCCCAGUCUUUGGCGUUUCUAUCGUAUCCGGAUUGCACCAUUCGACCGUCAUUUUCGGAUACCACCAUAUCAUUAUGGAUGGUGUCAGCUGGCACAUUUUCCUCCGAGAUCUUGACACGGCCUACCAGAUGCGACCUCUGGGUGGUAACUCGGGAUCCGGCCCCGCCGGAUAUAUCGAGUUCACUCAGCGGCAAAUACACGACGCCGAGCUAGGGCGGUUCGACAGUGAGCUUCGAUUUUGGAAUGACCAGCACACUCCGCUGCCCAGCGUGAUGCCGCUGCUGCCGAUUGCACAGACUACAGGCAGGAAAAAUGUCCGAGAGUCUCUCCAGACGUACGAAAGCUUUGUCUCGUGUCGAGAGCUCAGUGAGGAACUUGUGUCAUCUAUCAAGCUGACGAGCAGACGACUCCGGGCCACACCUUUCCAUAUUCACCUCGCAGUGAUUCAAAUGGUCUUUUCACGUCUCCUGAACCUCGAAGAUAUCUGCAUCGGAGUUGCCGACGCCAACCGCACUGACGAACAAUAUGCCGAUACCGUAGGGUUCUUCCUCAACUUGCUGCCAGUGCGUUUCAGCGUCCAACAGGAGGACAGCCUGCAAACCUUGGUCCAGAACACAUGCCGCAAGAUGUUUGCGGCCAUUUCCAACUCCAAAGUCCCGUUUGAUCUGAUCCUGGACGCCCUCAGGGUUCCGCGCUUCACUGACCACAGCCCUCUCUUCCAAGUCGCUGUGAACUAUCGGAUGGGUGCCCUGCUGCAGAGACCGCUUGGCGAGGCCAUGCUGGAGCUUGCUUCAGCAGACGACGCCAAGAACCCAUAUGACAUCAGCUUUGGUAUUACGGAGACGGCCAAAGGUACAUGCAUGCUUGAACUGACGACGCAGGCAAAACUGUACACCAAGGAAGCCUCUGAUCAGCUGCUGGAUGUCUACGUGGGACUCGUCAGGACUGUGUCGGGCAUGGACGAGUCCACCCCUGUCAAGGAUAUCCCAAUUACAGACACGCACAUGGCUCAGCAGGCCAUUGCCCUGGGAAAAGGUCCCAGGUUACAGUACCCCGACUGGCCAUCGACACUGCCGGAGAGAUUCGCGAGGAUCGCACAGUCGCACCCCGACGAUACUGCCAUUCUCUGUGGUGGAGAAAGCUUGACCUACUCUGAGUUGGCGGCUAGAGUCCACAAUAUUGCUCGAUUCCUGCGUAGGAAUGUCUGUGGCAGUCGCGUGGCGGCCUUGUGCGAGCCUUCUUGCGACGCUGUCGCGUCCAUGCUGGCCAUCAUGACAGCCGGCCAUACGUACAUCCCACUGGAUACACGGAUGCCGCAUGGCCGCCACCUUUCAAUGAUCCAGACUUGCAAGCCUGCCAUGGUUCUGUGUCACCGCAGGACACGGUCCGCUUCCUUCGAGCUCAAGCACGAGUACGCGAGCAUGGAAGUCGUCGACGUCGAUACCAUAGAGGAAGAAGAGGCAGCCCAUUGCAAGGACUCUAUUCCCUGCUUUGCAUCCCCAGGAGCUCCAGGCGUGAUCCUCUUCACGAGUGGCACCACGGGCGUGCCCAAAGCAAUAGUUCUGUCGCAUGCCAACUUGGUGAACCACCUAUCCCUGAAAACAGCGCAGCUGGCCAUAGACAAAGAAGUUGUACUCCAACAGAGCUCUCUCGGAUUCGAUAUGUCCAUAAUCCAGACGUUUUGUGCACUGGCAAACGGCGGAAGCCUUGUCGUGGCGGAGAAAGACAAUCGAGGCGACCCUGUGGAGCUUGCCAGCCUCAUAUUCAGGACUCGGGUCACCUUCACCAUCGCCACGCCAUCAGAAUAUCUCAUGAUGCUCAGAUAUGGAUUCGAUUCUCUGAAGCUGGCGCAUGCCUGGCGCCAGGCCUGUAUGGGCGGAGAAAGCGUCACCGAUAACCUCAUCCGCGCUUUCCAGAGCCUACAGCGGCCCGACAUGAGGCUGACCAAUUGUUACGGUCCCACCGAGAUUACAGCAGCAGCAACAUUUGAGACAUUGCCUCUGGAUGGAGUGUACGAGCCCAACGUUGUGGGAAGAGCUCUGCCAAAUUACUCCAUCUACAUCCUGGAUGAGUGCAACCAGGCUUUGUUACCCGUCGGCGUCGCUGGAGAAGUAUGUAUUGGUGGUGCUGGUGUUGCAGAAGGAUACCUGGAUUUGGGACUGGGUCUUUCUGAACAGACCAGGACGGGCAAGUUUCUCCACGAUCCAUAUGCCAGCACUGAGGAUCUUGAGAAAGGCUGGUCAAAGAUGUACCGAACUGGUGAUAGAGGCCGUCUGAUGGCUGAUGGAAGACUGGUGUUUCUGGGCCGCAUCGACGGCGACAGUCAGGUCAAGCUACGAGGACUUCGCAUUGAACUAGACGACGUUGCCGGGACUAUCAUCAAGUCUGGACCUGGCAUGAUCGCCGACGCUGUGGUCACUGUCCGCGGCCAGGACCAAGACACAGACACGGACGCACGCUUCCUGGUUGCCCAUGUUGUGUUGGGUGAAGGCUUAACCGCCGACAGCAGUUUCAUGCAGCAGCUGCUGUCAGACCUUCCCUUGCCACAGUACAUGAUCCCUUCCAUGAUCGUCCCCUUGGAUCGUUUGCCCAUGAACUCUAACGGCAAAGUGGAUAGAAAGGCACUAGCAGCCAUGCCAUUACCCCUGGAGAAAAACACCACGACUGACACAAUACCCCUACCAACGAAACGCCUCACACUCGCCGAGGGAGAGCUCCGGUUGCUGUGGGAAAAGGUCCUCCCGGAUUCUCCAUCCGCCUCCCCUUUGGAGGCCGAGUCGGACUUCUUCAUGCGUGGUGGCAACUCUAUGCUUCUCAUGCGACUGCAAGGAGUUAUCAAGGAGACUAUGGAGGUGUCUAUUCCCAUCCGAGACCUCUACCAUGCCAGUACUCUUGGGAAGAUGGCCGAUUAUGUCAGUUCCACCAGGACAAAGCAGCGAACCACCCAUUCAGCCGAAAGCAUUGACUGGGCAGCCGAAACAGCCCUUUCUCAGUCAUUUCUCUCCGCAAAAUUGCCGAAGAGGCACCGACCGAGGCAAACGCAAGGCAACAACCUGCAGCUCGAGAUCCUCUUGACUGGAUCUUGGGGGUUCUUGGGCAAUGUGAUCGUGGCCAGUCUUGCCGGAGACCCCCGUGUGCGAAAGGUCCACUGCGUUGCCGUUCCUGUGGACAAGAAGUCCUCGCACGCAGUUGGAGACAAGAUCAUAGUAUACACAGGGAGCCUAACAGCGCCAAAUCUCGGCCUGAGCCGUGAAGAGUGCAGCCGGCUGCAGUCCAGCGUCGACCUGAUCAUCCACGCCGGCGCUCAUGGGCACUGCCUCAACAACUACUCGUCCCUCCGCACGCCCAACGUGCACUCGACACGGUUCCUAGCCUCCCUGGCCCUCCCCCGCGCCGUGCCCAUGCACUACAUCUCCUCCAACCGCGUCACCCUGCUCCCCCCACCCUCGGCCUCAGCCCCGGGCGCGGCAUUCCCGCCGUCGUCCGUCUCGGCCUACUUCCCACCCGCAGACGGCUCCGAGGGCUUCACCGCCUCCAAGUGGGCCAGCGAGCGCUUCCUCGAGAACCUGGCGCUCCGCCACGCAAGCCUCGACGUGUGCAUCCACCGCCCCUGCGCCGUGACGGGCGGCGAGGCCCCCAGCGAGGACGCCCUGAACGCGCUGCUCAAAUACUCGCGCAUCGCGCGUGCCGUGCCGCGCUUCGACAACUUCGAGGGGUACCUCGACUUCCGCGACGUGCGCGACGUGGCGGCCGCCAUCGUCAGCAGCGCGCUGGGCCGGCUGCUGGAGGAUGAGCCCGAGGCGGACGGCGCCGCGCCGCCUCGUUUUGUGCACUACUCGAGCGGCCAAAAGAUCCCGUUCACGCACUUUGCCCGGCACAUGGCAAGCCGCCAUGGGACCGAGUUUGACGAGCUGUCUGUCGCCGAGUGGGUGGAUCGCGCCCUGGAGAACGGCAUUGAUCCGUUGAUUACUGGCUACUUGGAGGCCAUGACAGAGAGAAAGGAGAUUAUAAGGUUUCCAUACAUGGGCGAGGCUGGGGUUGAUGCAUGA